AUGCAUGGCACCACAACUGGUGAGGACUUGUUUGAGAGUCUUGUUUCGUCAAUGAACAAACUAGAGUUAACAUUUGAAAAGUUAAGUGGCCUCACUACUGAUGGAGCUCCAGCCAUGGUUGGCUCACAAAAGGUAGUGUCAUGCAUAAAUUUUAUCAAGAGCAGAGGGCUAAACAGCCGCCAGUUUAAGGAGUUACUGAAUGAUCUUGCCUCAGAGUACGGUGAUCUUGUUUAUCAUUGUGAAGUGCGGUGGCUGAGUCGUGGGAAUAUGCUUAUGCGCUUUUAUGAACUGCGUGAUGAAGUCAAGCAAUUCAUGGAGAUGAAGGGAACACCUGUCAGGGAACUCAGUGAUAGCAAGUGGCUGUGUGAUCUUGCUUUCAUGGUUGACAUUACCAAGUAUCUCUCAGAGCUGAACGUCAAGCUGCAGGGCCCCAACCAGCUUCUCAGCUCUCUGCUUUCAAACGUGAAAUCAUUUGAAGCUAAAUUAAAGCUGUGGAAAGUGCAACUCGAAAGAAGUAACACUGUGCAUUUCCCCACUCUGCAAGAACAAAAUCCUUCUACAACGGAUGAAUAUGCUGGUGAGUGUGCGAAACUAAUUGAGGCAUUUAGUGAAAGGUUCAAGGACGUGAAAAGUAAACAACAGGAGUUGAACAUCUUCGCUACACCAUUUAAUGUGGAACCAGCUGAUGUGCCUGAUAACCUGCAACACGAAAUAAUUCAGCUGCAAAGCGAUGAUGAGCUGAAAGCUAGGUACAACAACCUCUCACUGCUUGAGUUCUACAGACGUUACGUAAGUGCUGAUGAUUUUCCUAUUUUGAGGAGACAUGCACUGAAAUAUGCAUCUGUGUUCGGAACGACUUACUGCUGCGAGCAGUUCUUCUCAAAACUUAACCUGGCAAAGAGUAGACUGCGCUCCAGACUGACCGAUGCAAACCUGGAAAACCAGUUGCGAGUAGCAUCAUCAACAGUACCACCUAACAUCACGCGCCUCGCCAAAGAGAAGCAGUUCCAGCCGUCACAUUAG